CACACGUGCAUUUUGUUUACAAUUUUAAUACAGCUAUUAUUUUGAACUAUGGCUUUGCUCUCAGCUAAACGGGCAAAGAAGGCGCCUGCAGAGGACACUGAAAGCUCAGAUGAACAUCAAAGCAAUGCCAGUGAUACAGAAACUGCCGAUGGUAAUUCUGGCUGGGCAAACUCUAUGUUGAAGGUGCUUAAGACCACACAAAACAGUGCAGUGCUCUCUCGUGCCAAAAAGAUCGACACUAAGAAAGGCAAGAAAGGAGAUGCAAAGAAAAAAGACUAUGACUUUGAGAUUGAGGGUGACAAAGUUAAGCAGGAGGAGAAGGAUGAAGUGAAGCCAGAGGCGUCUGCGCUGGAUGCACAGUUGACACGACAACAGCGCAAAAACGUACCGCUGCAGCUGCGAGUGAAACCGAGCUUCCGGGAUAUGGAGCGAGAGCGUAGUCUACGAAAAGUGGCUACACGUGGCGCCGUCCAGUUCUUCAAUGCUGUGCGUAUACAGCAAAAGGAGAUCAAACAGCAAUUGGCAGAAGCCGGUCCAUUGGAUAGUCGACAGGACGCUGUGCUUAACAAUAUAGACAAGCGCAAGUUCCUUGAUGUGCUGAUGAGUGGGAAGCGCGCUAAAUCUGCAACAAUUGAUAACCCUGUAAAGAAAGAAGAGUCCCCGUCUGAAGGCGAUUCGGAUGAGCCGACAGAUGACGAGGCGCCCGGCACAACGGGCAGCAAGAAGAAAUCUGAAUGGAAUGUGCUGCGUGAGGACUUUAUGACCAACAAGAAAAUCAAACACUGGGACGAAGAGGACGACGAGGAAGCUGAGGAGAAUAAAGAUAGCAAUGAAGAGUCGUCAGAGGGCGAUGAAGAUUAGUAUUUAAGAUGAU